CGUACCGUGUACGUCGGCAAUCUGCCCGCAGAUGCAUCUGUCGACGAGCUCCUCAAUCACGUCAAGUUCGGUCCAAUUGAGAACGUCAAGGUCCUGCCCGAGAAGAGUUGCGCCUUCAUCUCGUUUCUGGACGCCAAUACAGCCGCAGCCUUCCAUGCUGACGCAUCAGUCAAGAAGCUCACGCUGCACGGCAAGGAGCUCAAGAUUGGGUGGGGACGACCGUCGCCCGUCCCUCCCGGGGUAGUCAUGGCAGUCCAGCAGAAUCAAGCAACUCGCAACGUCUACGUUCAGCUCGGUCAAGACGACAACACCACUGAAGAGCAGCUCCGAGAUGACCUCUCGCAUUUCGGGCCAAUCGACCAGAUCAAGAUCGUCCGCGAUAAGAACAUCGGCUUCGUCCACUUCCUUUCCAUCCAGACUGCCAUCCAGGUCGUCUCUCAGCUCCCUCAGGAACCAGAGUGGGCGAAUCGCCGCGUCAACUUCGGCAAGGACCGUUGCGCAUACGUGCCCAAGUCGCAACAGCAAAAUCAGGCGCACAACAGCCAUGCAGCCGCAAUGGGCAUGGCGGCAGCCGCUUCGCUGGGCUACCCAACUGCAUUUGGCUUUGCGGGCGCCGGUGCCGGAGUACCAGCAAGCGCUCCAGCUCGAGUCGGCGGAUUCGCAGACGCCCAGGCCGGCACCUCCUCAAUGGACGACUCCCUUACAUCCCCUACCUACCUGGAUCGCUCCCUCGACCAGAUCGGGAACCGCACCGUCUAUCUAGGAAACAUCCACCCCUCAGCCACCAUCGAAGAAAUCUGCAACCACAUUCGCGGAGGUAUUCUGCAGACGGUACGCUAUUUGCCUGAGAAGCACAUCGCCUUCGUCACGUUCGUCGAUGCCAACUCCGCCUUGGCGUUCCACCAUCUGAGCAGCGAGAUGGGCAUCUUGCUUCACCAUCGCCGACUCAAGAUUGGCUGGGGCAAGCACUCCGGACCACUCUCGCCGGCAAUCGCCAUGGCAGUUCAGGCCGGGUGCUCCAGAAAUGUCUACAUCGGUAACAUCGAGGACGCCAACUUCCUCAAUGAGGACAAGCUGCGCGCCGACUUCUCCCGCCAUGGGGAUGUCGAGCUGGUCAACUCUCUUCGCGAGAAGAACUGUGCAUUCGUCAAUUUCUGCAGUAUACAGAACGCGAUCAAGGCUAUUGAGGCAAUGAAGUCUCAUCCAGACUACUCGGGCGUCAAGAUCUCGCAUGGUAAGGAUAGGUGCGGG